ACGGCGACGAUCGGACUGUAUACAAAGGUGGCUGUGGGCUUUCGAGUUUUUACGCCGAUUAGUGCGCAAACUCGAUCAUAUUGCUGGCGGUGUUUCCUUUGUAUGUGUGUUUGAUAUGGGGAGACAACCUUGCUGUGAUAAACUUGGGGUGAAGAAAGGGCCAUGGACGGCUGAAGAGGAUAAGAAACUCAUCAACUUCAUUCUUACAAAUGGGCAGUGCUGUUGGAGAGCUGUUCCUAAGCUUGCUGGCCUUCGGAGAUGCGGCAAGAGCUGCCGUCUUCGUUGGACUAAUUAUCUUCGACCUGACUUGAAGAGAGGCCUUCUCACUGAAGCAGAAGAAAAAUUGGUUAUUGAUCUUCAUGCUCGUCUUGGCAAUAGGUGGUCCAAGAUUGCUGCUAGGUUGCCAGGAAGAACAGACAAUGAGAUCAAGAAUCACUGGAACACCCACAUAAAAAAAAAGCUUCUUAAGAUGGGGAUUGAUCCAGUUACACAUGAACCCUUCCACAAAGAGGCCAAGACUGAGGAGAGUUCAUCCACAUCCCGGCCAGAUAAUCUUCUACCGGAAUCCGGCAGCACCACCAACAACAGUAGUUUGCACGAAAAUGAUGGCAUCGUAAACUCCGAGGAAAAUUCAAGCUCACCCCAUGAAAACUGUUGCACCGAUGAAUCGACUCUAUUAGAUAGUAUCUGCAACGACGAAACGCUGUUGAAUAGUUUGUGGAUGGAUGAGCCUCCUCUAGUUGACGCAUCAUGGAACAAUAAUAUUAAUCCUCCUGCAACAGAUGAUGCUAAAAAUGGCGAAAUGGGUUAUCCAUAUCCAUAUCCAUUGUGGGAAGAUAAUUGCACCUGGUUAUUUGAUUGCCAAGACUUCGGAGUCCAUGAUUUUGGGUUUGAUUGCUUCGACAACCUGGAAUUUAAGUCACUGAACUCAUUGGAGAUGGAAGAAAAGCACUAGGUUAAUAUACUUAUGUUACGUACGUAGUGAGAAAAUUUUAAGGUUAUAUAAUACGAGGAAGAAAAUGGUACAGAAA